AUGGCUCGAAUUGACCUAUCAAGUUAUCACGAAGUCCUAUUCUCGGCCUUUGAAGGCGUCAUACCAAUCGAGGGACUGUACGCCUCCGAUGGUGCUUCUCGACUUGGCAACGGGACAGGCCUGCGACACGAAUAUCGCUUCGGCGUUACCAACUACUGUGGUUAUGUCGAAUCCGAGAACGAAUUCAGUGGGAGAUGCGCACGACAGGCUACCGCGUCUCAGUUCCGGCCUUUCUCUAUCAUCAAAUCCGACAUGCCAUUGAACUAUUCGCAGUUCAUCAACGCUGUCGUACCGCCUUCCAACUUCCGAAAUGACGUCCUGUUGGGGUCGUUUUCGAGGACGGCUGGGUAUAUGUUUCUGCUCGCGUUUAUCUUUGUCGGACUAAGCCUUAUACUGGGUCUAGCCAAAGUUAACUUUACAUUCCUUCUCUCCACACUUUUCAGUAUCUUGUCGUGUAUUUUCCUGCUGUUAGGUGCCAUCCUCUGGACCGUAGCGGUCAAGAAGGCGCAGGUAAUCAACGGGAUGACUAUCACGACGACACCAGUUGCGAAUCCAACACCCAUUGGCAUCGAAGUGUCACUAGGGGUCGGGUUGAAGCUUGCUUGGGCAGCGUUCGGGUUGAUGAUGGCUGCGAAUAUCCCGUACCUUAUCAGGAGGAGAAAUUCCAUGGAUGGAACAUCCCUCGCCGUGUUCACCAGAUAG